CUUUUUAAAAAAAUGUUGUUAAGUUGAAAUGGAAGAAUGUACAUUUUCCGAUUUCAACAAAAUAACAGUGCAAUGCAUUUUUUAAUCAUCAGGGAGUCUUAAUAGCAAUCCGCCAGUGGAAGCAAUCCAUAUAUUUGAGUUUUUAACUCUGAAGACGUAAUUUAAGAGAACCUUCGUUCUGGGUUUUCUCCCGCUGUCAAAAGAGCGGGAACAGUUUAUCACGAGCUUCGUUUCAAGGUCUGAUGCUCUUCACUAGAUUGCAGUGGCAUUGACAGGAACGACGGUGUUUAGAGAACGAAAAAAGGCUACUUAGAAGCUGAUAUGAUGUUUUACAGAAAAACUGCAUAGCGUCAGCCAUCUUUGUCUCGCUUUCUGAAGAACAGACUAGAAGAAGCAACCUGAAAUUCUGAAGAUUAGCUGUCAGAAAUGGAAAACGCUGACAAAAGAUUUGAAUUUUUCCAAAAUUACACACUAAAAAGUCUAAGGUUAAAACCAGAAAAGUGGACCAAGUGUGUAGCAUCCGAGGAAACCAAGCAGAACCUGCUUGAAUUUUUUGACAAAAAGGAUACUAAGAGUUUAGUUAUUUUCCUAAAUGCUUCUGGCCAGCUAGUUUGCAGUCUUGGAUUUCCUGCCUCUCUGAAAAGUAAAGGAGUUUAUUUUGUCAAAAAGACAGCAGAUGUUGUCACCAAGGACAAUAUGAAACAAUUACUUAUGACUGGAGAUCUAUCCUAUUCACCUGUGGAACAGCUUAUUGCAGUUGUAGAUGAGGUUGUAUGUCCCCUAUUUAAUGUUCCUGAUAAUGUUGCUGGCUGGCCUAAAGUUGUGGCAGAGGAUAUAGUGAAGCAUGGUCAUAAGCUGAAAAAUGAUUUAUAUAUGUUUGAAGGAAAAAUUAAAGGAAAAACACUUCUUCCACUUCCUGAGCAUUUGGAAAGUUUAAGUAAGCUGAGUGGUGAAAGGUUAACUGGUCCUGCUAUGAGAGGGUUGCUGCAUGCUAUUGAAACUGUAAUUAUAGACUGGGCACAUCAAGUCAGAGAGGUGCUUAUUCAAGACUCAGCACAGCCACUAAUGGAUGGAUCAAAUCCCCAACCAAAAGUAGAAUUUGAAUUUUGGAACUUAAGACAGACAAACCUUGAGUGCAUAAAUGAGCAGUUAUUAGCUCCAGAAGUAAGGAAAAUUGCAGAGAUUCUCGAAAAAGCAAAGAGCAGCUACUGGCCAACGCUUGCCAGCAUUUUUAAAGAAGUUAACUCAGGUCUGGAAGAAGCCAAAGAUAUUGUGGUGUACUUAAAACCUAUUAAACAAGUGUUGGGAGAAGCACAACAGGCUGAGUAUGAACAGCUACCGCAAAUUAUUGAUGUAAUGAUGCAUAACAUAUGCCUAGUAUGGAUUAAUUCACGUCAUUACAACAGACCAGAGAGGAUCAUUGUGAUUUUACAAGAAAUAUGCAACUUGUUUAUAGAAAUGAGUAUCAACUACUUAAAUCCAGAGGAAGUUAUGAAGAGACUGUUUGGUGAAAUAGAUGAGAUGCUUGGAAAAAUAAGACUGGCAAUUGAUAUUCUGAAAAGGCUUUAUCAGACUUAUGGCUAUGCCCAGCAGCAUAUGCCAGCUUUCUUUAAGGACAGAGAACUGAGAUUAUGGAAGUUCCCUAAAUCUCUUGUGUUCAGCCGAAUGGACAAAUUCAUGCAAAGAUUACAGACUAUGGAGGACCUAUUUGUUACAACUAAUGAGUUCCUGAAGUUGGAAAAGAUAGAGAUUGCAGGUCUAAGAGGAAGCGUCCUUGGAAAGCUAGUUUACCAAAUAUAUGAGGAAUUCUUGGAACUCACAAAGAUUUUUGCUGAUUGCAAGUAUGAUCCGUUAAACCCAAAUGAUCAGAAAUUUGAAGAUGAUUAUUUAGUAUUUAAAAUGAAAACUCUAGAUUUUAAAAGAAGACUGGCAACCAUCAUCUGUCAAAGUUUUGACGACUGCAGCUGUAUAGAAUCUGCUGUCAAGGUACUGCAAAUGUUUGAACCUGUGCUGGAGUGCCCACUAAUUAUGUCAGAAAUGUCAGACAGACAUUUGGUUCUGGUGGAAAUGCUAAACACAGAACUGGAUAAUGCAAAGAUUAUUUAUGAUGGCCAGUUGGCAGCUAUUAAAGUAGGUGGAGGUUCUCCACUAGUCAGUAAAAACAUGCCAUAUAUAGCUGGUCAAUUGAAGUGGGCAGAAGAACUGAGAGAUCGGAUUCAAUCUUCAGUGAACACUUUCAAAACAAUAGAUCACCCUGUCAUGUUCAGCAAUGAAGCCAGAAUGGUCCUGUGCAAAUAUGAUGAAAUGAUCCAUUUGCUAGAUACGUACACUGAAACAAUUUAUACUGAGUGGGUGAAAAGAGUGGAUGCUGAUUGUCGUUUUAAUCUGGAACAACCUUUGCUGUUGAGAGAUCUUCAGACACAUCUUAUCCACGUUAAUUUUAAUAGACAGUUAGUUGCUGUUCUGCGUGAAGUUAAAUAUUUGAUCGCUCUUGAGCUAAGAGAUAUUCCUGAGUGUGCAAAAGAUGUCUUUGAAAAGAGUGAAACCUUUAGCAAAUUUGUUGGCAACUUGGAACUCAUUACUGGAUGGUAUAAUAAGAUAAGGACAACUACAACUGCAGUUGAAUCCCCUUUAAUUAAGAAGGAACUGGAGGUUGUCGAUUCCAGACUACAAAGAUCUGAAACAACAUUGACCUGGAACAGUGAUGGAAUAUGGGAGUACAUCCAGGAGAUGAGAGAUACUCUGUAUGAUUUUGAAGCUAGAAUCCAGAGAAGCAAAACUAAUGUGGAAAUCAUAGGCUGCAUCACAAAGGAAUGGUCUGCUGUGCCUUUGUUUGAAAGAAAAGAUAAUAAAAGAGAAGGGUUUUUGGACAUUGAUGGAAAUAUCAGUACUAUAAACAAAUUUUAUGCAACAAUUAGAGAAGCAGGUGAAAAGAUUCUGACCAUGCUUAAGGAAAAUAUAACUCUUUUGAAUGUGGAUGAAACUGCUGUUACAUGGAGCGCAUACUUAGACCAUAUUGAUAAAAUGCUUGUGGAUGGAUUCUUUAAAAUUGUUCAUAAUUCUCUGCAGUUUCUUCUAAGCAACAUGGGAGCUGAGACUGUGGCCUUCCCCUUGUUUGAAGUGAGACUAGAACUGGAUGCUUCAAGCAUAGUGUUUCGUCCAUCGUUAGCAUAUGGUGUAGCAAAUGGCUUUGUGUAUAUGAUCGAAGAACUAAUGAGAGCUGUUUAUAGAAUAGCUAGUCUUAUACCACGACUUUCUAAACAUCGAUACCCACACCUCCAGAUGGAACUUGAAGGAAUGGCAAAUUUGAGUGAAAUGAGAGAGGAAGUCAUGACUGAGGUCCACAGUGCAAUGAAACAAGCUCAGAACUACCUGACAUCUUUUGAUAAAUAUUCUUACCUUUGGGAAGAUGACCGCAAAGAAUUUAUGCAGCACUUUCUCAUGUAUGGGCAUGUACUUAGCCGUGAAGAGACUGAAACUCGUGGAGAAUCAGGAGUGCCACGUACUCCACCAACACUUGAUCACUUUAAACAACAGAUGGAUUCAUAUGAGAAGUUAUCCGAAGAAGUAAGCAAAUUUGAGAACAGUAAGGUUUUCAGUGGCUGGAUGCAAAUUGACUGUCAUCCUUUCAAACAAGCACUAUUGAAUGUCAUCAAAAGAUGGAGUCUGAUGUUUAAACAGCACCUGAUUGAUAACAUUAACAACAGUUUAACAGAUUUGACAGCUUUUAUCAAAAUAGCAAAUGCUGGUCUAACUCAACCACUAAAGGAAGGUGACUAUCAAGGACUUAUAUUAGUAAUGGGACAUCUUAUGAAAAUCAAGGCGAGACAGGUAUCUACAGACAACAUGUUUGAACCUCUAAAACAAACAAUCGAACUUCUUAAGACAUAUGGAGAAGAGAUGCCUGAAGAAACACAUCAGCAGUUACAUGACCUUCCAGAAAAAUGGAAUAAUAUCAAGAAAAUUGCUCUUGUAGUAAAGCAGAAUGUGGCUCCUUUACAGGCCAAUGAAGUUAGCAUUAUCAGAAGAAAAUGUCAACAAUUUGAGAUACGACAGUAUGAAUUCAGAGAGCAUUUUAGAGAAACUGCACCAUUAAACUAUGAUUAUCCAAAUCCAUACACAGCUCUGGACAAGGCACAUGCUGAGAUCUUUGCAAUGGAGAAAGAAAUGGAGGCUCUUUCAAUUUCUGGUGGUUUGUUUGAAGUCAUCAUUCCUGAUUAUAAGGCUCUUAAAACCUGCAGAAAAGAAGUGAUUUUACUCAAAGACGUUUGGGAUAUAGUUAUUAUGGUUAGAACAAGCAUUGAUGCAUGGAAGACAACACAGUGGAAAAAAAUUAAUGUUGAGCAGAUGGACAUGGACUGUAAGAAAUUUGCCAAAGAUAUAAGAAGCUUGGACAAAGAGGUUAAAGCAUGGGAUGUAUUUUUAGGAUUGGACAGCACAUUGAAAAACCUGAUAACUUCUCUUCGAGCUGUAAGUGAGCUACAGAACCCAUCAAUCAGAGAAAGGCACUGGCAACAACUCAUGCUGGCCACAAAGGUUCAGUUUCAGAUGUCAGAUGAAACAACUCUUGCAGAUCUGUUGAAGUUAAACCUUCACAAAUUUGAAGAUGAAGUUCGUAACAUUGUUGAUAAAUCUGUAAAGGAAUCAGGAAUGGAAAAGGUGUUGAAUGCCCUAAACAAUACCUGGUCAAUGAUGGAAUUCGAACAAGAGGUUCACAGUAGAACGGGAAUUGUACUUAUAAGAGUUUCUGAAGAUUUAGUAGAAACCCUUGAGGAGAACCAAGUUCAGCUUCAAAACCUAAUGACUUCUAAGUACAUAGAUCAUUUUCUUCAUGAAGUAUCUGACUGGCAGAAGAAGCUGUCAUCUGCAGAUAAUGUCAUCUCCAUCUGGACAGAAGUGCAAAGGACAUGGGCUCAUCUGGAAAGCAUUUUCAUUGGCACUGAAGAUAUUCGAAUACAGUUACCAGAAGAUUCCAAGCGUUUUGAUAAAAUUGACAAGGAUUUUAAAGAGAUUAUGGCAGAAGGUUUAAAAACUCCAAAUGUGGUUGAAGCAACUAAUAAACCAGGCCUUUAUGAAAAAUUAGAAGGGUUACAAGAAAGUUUGGCAUUGUGUGAAAAGGCUUUGGCAGAAUAUCUGGAAACAAAAAGACUUGCUUUCCCAAGGUUUUAUUUUAUCUCAUCUGCUGAUUUGUUAGAUAUUUUAUCAAAAGGAAAUAAUCCAGUGGAGGCCUGUAUACACUUAUCCAAAUUAUUUGAUAGUAUGGCAAAACUGAAAUUUAAGAUGAACACUGCAGAUCAACCCCUGAAGAUUGGCUUAGGGAUGUUCAGUAAAGAAAACGAAUAUGUUGAAUUUGACUCUGAGUGUGAUUGUUCGGGACAGGUGGAACAUUGGUUAAAUAAUGUACUGAAAAGAAUGUGUGCUACGUUACGUCAUGCAAUUUCUGAAGCUGUGGUCACCUAUGAAGAAAAACCAAGAGAGCAAUGGAUAUUUGACUACCCAGCCCAGAUACAUCAGCAAUGUGACACAACAAGCAAACUUGCAGAAACACGCACCUUGAAGAUUGCUAGAAUGUUGGCAAUAUCAGUUGAAAAUGCUCAAGUGUUCACAUGGCAGUCACAGCUAAGACACAGAUGGGAUGAUGAAAAAAAACACUGCUUUGCCAAUAUCUGUGAUGCUCAGUUCUGUUAUUCAUAUGAAUAUCUGGGUAACACCCCACGUCUGGUCAUUACUCCACUGACAGACAGAUGCUACAUCACCUUAACUCAGUCCCUCCAUUUAAUAAUGGGAGGUGCCCCUGCAGGACCAGCUGGAACAGGCAAAACUGAAACCACCAAGGACUUGGGCAGAGCAUUAGGUAUCAUGGUGUAUGUUUUUAACUGCUCUGAACAGAUGGAUUACAAGUCCUGUGGAAAUAUCUAUAAAGGACUUUCACAGACAGGAGCAUGGGGUUGUUUUGAUGAGUUCAACAGGAUUUCUGUUGAGGUGCUGUCUGUCAUUGCAAUGCAGGUCAAAUGUAUUCAAGAUGCAGUGCGCUAUAAAAAACAAAAAUUUAAUUUUUUGGGAGAAAUCAUAACCCUUGUACCAACCAUUGGAGUUUUCAUCACAAUGAAUCCAGGAUAUGCAGGCCGUGCUGAACUUCCUGAAAACCUAAAAUCUUUGUUCAGACCUUGUGCAAUGGUUGUGCCAGAUUUUGAAUUAAUAUGUGAAAUCAUGCUUGUUGCAGAGGGCUUCAUUGAAGCAAGACUGCUUGCAAGAAAGUUCAUCACACUCUAUACAUUGUGUAAAGAAUUACUUUCCAAACAGGAUCAUUAUGACUGGGGAUUGCGGGCAAUCAAAUCAGUAUUGGUUGUGGCUGGCUCUUUGAAAAGAGGAGAUCCUGGUCGACCAGAAGAUCAAGUCCUAAUGAGAGCCUUGAGAGACUUUAAUAUCCCGAAAAUAGUAACAGAUGAUGUUCCUGUCUUUAUGGGACUAAUUGGAGAUCUUUUCCCUGCACUGGAUGUACCUAGAAAUAGAGAUUUACAGUUUGAAAAGGUUGUAAAACAGUCUGUGCUGGAGCUUAAAUUACAACCAGAAGAUAAUUUUGUUCUAAAGGUCGUUCAGCUUGAAGAGCUGCUUCAAGUGAGACACUCUGUAUUUGUAAUUGGAAAUGCAGGCACAGGCAAAUCUCAGGUAAUGAAGUCUUUGAAUAAAACAUAUAUCAACAUGAAAAGAAAACCUGUGGCUGUUGACCUUGACCCAAAAGCUGUGACCUGUGAUGAACUUUUUGGAAUUAUUAACCCAUCAACUAGAGAAUGGAAAGAUGGGCUAUUUUCUUGCAUAAUGCGUGAUUUAGCAAACUUUACUCAUGAUGGACCCAAGUGGAUUGUUCUUGAUGGUGAUAUAGAUCCGAUGUGGAUUGAAUCUCUGAAUACUGUAAUGGAUGAUAACAAAGUACUGACAUUGGCCAGUAAUGAACGAAUCCCACUGAAUCCCACAAUGAGAUUGCUGUUUGAAAUCAGUCAUUUAAAGACUGCCACACCUGCAACUGUAUCUAGAGCUGGAAUCCUUUACAUUAAUCCUGCAGACCUUGGAUGGAACCCGGUGGUAACAAGUUGGAUCGAAAGUCGAGAAGUUCAGUCUGAAAAAGCUAAUUUAAUUGUUUUGUUUGACAAGUAUUUACCUGCAUGUCUGGACAAGAUAAGAACUGGGUUUAAGAGGAUCACUCCAGUACCUGAAAUUACUAUGAUACAUACUUUAUUGUACCUGCUAGAAUGUCUUUUAACUCCAAGUAACACACCUCCUGAUUCUUCAAAAGAGCUCUAUGAAUUAUACUUUGUAUUUGCUUGUCUUUGGUCAUUUGGUGGCACAAUGUUUCAAGAUCAGCUUAUGGACUAUCGAGUAGAAUUCAGUAAAUGGUGGAUCAAUGAAUUCAAAAGUAUCAAGUUUCCUUCCCAGGGAACUGUCUUUGAUUAUUAUGUAGAUCAGGAAACAAAAAAAUUUAUGCCAUGGUCUGAUAAGGUACCCAAAUUUCACUUUGAUCCAGAUGUACCACUGCAGGCCUCUUUGGUUCAUACAACAGAGACAGUUCGAAUUAUGUAUUUAAUGAGCUUGUUGAUGGACAAGAAAUACCCAGUGAUGUUAGUAGGAAAUGCAGGGACAGGCAAGUCCGUACUUAUGGGAGACAAACUUCAUAGUCUUAAUACAGAUGAGUAUAUGGUUCAAGCUGUCCCUUUCAACUUCUAUACAACCUCAGCCAUGCUUCAAGCUGUUCUUGAAAAGCCAUUAGAAAAGAAAAUUGGUAGAAAUUAUGGACCUCCAGGCAACAAGAAAUUGAUCUUCUUUAUUGAUGACAUGAAUAUGCCUGAAGUUGAUAAAUAUGGAACAGUGGCUCCUCAUACAUUGAUUAGGCAACACAUGGAUCAUGGACACUGGUAUGACAGAGUGAAGCUGACUCUGAAAGACAUACAUAAUUGCCAGUAUGUGGCCUGUAUGAACCCCACAGCUGGGAGCUUUACAAUUGAUUCUAGACUACAGCGUCAUUUCUGUGUGUUUGCUGUAAACUUUCCUGGGCAAGAAGCACUUCAAAGCAUUUAUAGCACAAUCCUUUCUCAGCAUUUGGCCAGCAUUAAUUGUGCUAUGGUAGUUCAGAAGUUCUACCCACAAGUGAUUUCUGCAACACUUGUUCUUCAUCAGAAAGUAAGCACAACGUUUCUUCCUACUGCCAUUAAGUUUCAUUAUGUCUUCAACAUGAGAGACCUUUCCAACAUAUUUCAGGGCUUACUAUUUUCUUCUGCAGAGUGUGUUAAGAUGCCAGUCGAUUUAGCAAAACUUUGGUUACAUGAAGUUAACAGAGCCUAUGGAGAUAAAUUAAUUGAUGAUAAAGAUAAGGGUAUUUUUGAAAAAUUUCAGCAAGACAUCAGCAGACGAUAUUUCGAGGAUCUUGACUUUAAUAUUCUUUUUGCAAAGCCAAACAUAUACUGCCAUUUUGCACAUGGUAUUGGAGAACCUAAAUACCUUCCAGUGUCUAGCUGGCCAUCGCUGAAUAAGCUUCUGACUGAUGCACUGGAUGCUUAUAAUGAAGUCAAUGCUGCUAUGAAUUUGGUUCUCUUUGAAGAUGCCAUGUCUCAUAUCUGUAGAAUUAAUCGAAUCUUAGAAUCUCCAAGAGGUAAUGCCUUGUUGGUUGGAGUAGGUGGCAGUGGGAAACAAAGCCUUUCACGCUUAUCAGCUUACAUUAGCAGUCUGGAUAUUUUUCAGAUCACACUAAGGCAAGGAUACGGAAUUCCAGAUCUUAAGGUUGACCUUGCCAGCCAGUGUGUUAAAGCUGCAGUAAAGAAUACUGGAAUUGUAUUUCUAAUGACAGAUUCACAGGUAGCUGAAGAGCAAUUUCUUGUAUUGAUUAAUGACCUGCUGGCAUCUGGGGAGAUCCCUGGCCUUUUUCAAGAUGACGAAGUAGAAAAUAUUAUUAGCAGCAUGAAAAAUCAGGUUAAAUUAGCUGGACUGCAGGACACUAGAGAGAACUGCUGGAGAUUCUUCAUUGACAAAGUCAGAAGACUUUUAAAGGUUAUUCUGUGUUUCUCUCCUGUGGGUUCCACACUUCGUGUGCGUGCUCGGAAGUUUCCAGCUGUAGUCAACUGUACAGCAAUUGACUGGUUCCAGGAAUGGCCUGAAGAAGCACUAGUGUCUGUCAGUGCUAGAUUUUUAGAAGAAACAGAAGGAAUUGAGCCUGGUGUAAAGAAUUCCAUCAGUCAAUUUAUGGCUUAUGUCCACAAAACAGUCAAUGAUAUUUCUAAGGCUUAUCUUUCUUCUGAGAGGCGCUAUAAUUAUACAACACCUAAAACUUUCUUGGAACAAAUUAAGCUGUAUCAGAACCUGCUGUCUCGCAAAAGAAAAGAACUCCUUGCAAAGAUGGACAGAUUAGAGAAUGGGUUGACCAAACUUCAAGAUACUUCUAGUCAGGUAGAUGACCUCAAAGCCAAACUGGCUGUUCAGGAACUGGAGCUGAAAGCAAAGAAUGAAGAUGCUGAUAAACUUAUACAUAAAGUUGGAAUUGAAACUGAGAAGGUUACCAGGGAGAAAAUAAUUGCAGAUGAGGAAGAGAAAAAAGUCCAGAUCAUUAAUACAAAUGUAACUGAAAAACAGCGUGCCUGUGAAACAGACCUGGCAAAAGCAGAACCAGCCCUGAAAGCAGCACAGGAGGCCCUUAAUACUCUAAAUAAGAAUAACCUCACAGAACUGAAAUCAUUUGGUUCUCCACCAGAAGCUGUUGUUAAUGUUACAGCAGCUGUGAUGAUUUUGUUAGCACCAGGGGGGAAGAUUCCAAAGGACCGGAGUUGGAAAGCUGCUAAAAAUAUGAUGGGAAAAGUGGAUGCCUUCUUAGAUAGCUUAAUAAACUACAAAAAAGAGAGCAUUCCUGAUCCUUGCCUUAAAGCUUUUCAGCCUUAUAAAACAGACAGAAAUUUUGAUCCAGAUUUUAUCCGUACCAAGUCUAUAGCUGCAGCAGGUCUAUGUUCAUGGUGUUUAAAUAUUGUUCGAUUUUAUGAAGUGUACUGCGAUGUGGCACCUAAGAGACAAGCUCUUGCUGAAGCAAAUGCAGAGUUGGCAGCAGCAGAAGAAAAGCUCACUCACAUCAAAAACAAAAUAAUGCAAUUAAAUGCAAACUUGUCCAGUUUGACAGCUGCAUUUGAAAAAGCUACAGCUGAGAAACUCAAAUGUCAGCAAGAAGCAGAUGCUACUAACAGAACUAUCUCACUGGCAAACAGACUUGUUGGUGGAUUGGCAUCUGAAAAAAUACGAUGGUCAGAAUCAGUGGCAAAUUUCAAAAACCAAGAGAAAACUUUAAGUGGGGAUGUUCUGCUGAUUUCUGCUUUUGUUUCGUAUGUUGGCUACUUUACUAAGAAGUACAGGACCCAGCUCAUGGAGAAAUGUUGGAUGCCAUUCUUAACUGAGUUAAAGGUACCUAUACCUGUAACUGAAGGUUUAGAUCCACUCUCCCUUCUGACUGAUGAUGCAACUAUCGCAAUAUGGAAUAAUCAGGGAUUGCCCAGCGACCGUACAUCAAGUGAAAAUGCCACAAUUCUAUGCAAUACUGAGCGCUGGCCUCUUAUUGUUGAUGCCCAGCUGCAAGGUAUUAAGUGGAUCAUAAAUAAAUAUGGACCUGAGCUCAAAAUCAUUAGGCUUGGACAAAGAAGUUAUCUGGAUAACAUUGAAAGAGCCAUUUCCAGUGGCGACAUUUUACUUAUUGAGAAUAUUGGAGAAACAGUUGAACCAGUACUAGACCAUCUAUUGGGCAGGAACACAAUCAAAAAGGGAAGAUACAUUAAGAUUGGAGACAAGGAAGUUGAAUACCAUCCAAACUUUAGGCUUAUCCUGCAAACCAAGUGCUUUAACCCUCAUUACAAACCUGAAAUGCAAGCCCAGUGCACUUUGAUCAAUUUCCUGGUAACCAGGGAUGGGUUAGAGGACCAGCUGCAGGCUGCUGUUGUUGCAAAAGAGAGACCAGACUUGGAAGAACUGAAGGCUAGUCUCACAAAACAGCAGAAUGAUUUUAAGAUAGUCCUGAAAGAACUGGAGGAUUCCCUGUUGGCCAGACUGUCAGCUGCAUCAGGAGAUUUUCUGGGUGAUACAGCAUUAGUGGAAAAUCUUGAAACAACUAAACAAACUGCCACAGAGAUUGAGAAAAAGGUUGCUGAGGCAAAAAUCACCGAAGUAAAAAUCAAUGAAGCUAGAGAAAACUACAGACCUGCUGCAGCAAGGGCUUCCUUACUUUAUUUUAUCAUGAAUGACCUCAACAAAAUUAAUCCACUCUAUCAAUUUUCAUUAAAGGCAUUUAGUGUUGUGUUUGAAAAAGCGAUUCUUCGUUCUGAACCAGCUGAAGAUGUGAAGCAGAGAGUCAACAACCUGACAGAUGAAAUCACUUAUUCAGUAUUUGUUUAUACUACCAGAUGUCUGUUUGAAAGAGACAAGCUCACCUUUACUGCACAAGUUGCUUUUCAGGUGCUUCUACUAAAGAAAGAAAUAAUUCCAGCAGAACUAGAUUUUCUUUUACGAUUUCCAUUUAAAGCUGGAAUAACAAGCCCUGUAGAUUUUCUCUCACACCAAGGAUGGGGUGGAAUUAAGGUACUUGAAGAGAUGGAUGAAUUUAAACACCUAGACAGAGAUAUUGAAGGAUCUGCUAAACGCUGGAAAAAAUUUGUUGAGUCAGAAACUCCAGAGAAAGAGAAAUUUCCUCAAGAGUGGAAAAAUAAAACAGCACUUCAGAAGCUCUGCAUGAUGCGUUGCAUGAGACCAGAUCGUAUGACUUAUGCUGUCAGAAUAUUUGUAGAAGAGAAGCUGGGCAGUAAAUAUGUAGAAGGUCGAAGUGUUGAGUUUGCCAAAUCAUAUGAAGAGAGCAGUUCUUCAACACCCAUCUUCUUUAUCCUCUCUCCUGGUGUUGACCCAUUGAAAGAUGUAGAAGCUCUAGGAAAGAAGCUGGGUUUUACAAUUGAUAAUGGAAAAUUCCAUAAUGUGUCACUUGGUCAAGGACAGGAGGUGGUAGCAGAACAUGCUUUGGACGCAGCAGCAAAGGAAGGUCACUGGGUUAUUUUACAGAAUAUUCACUUAGUAGCUAAGUGGCUGAGUACUUUGGACAAGAAAGUAGAACAGUAUGCCACUGGUAGCCAUGAGAAUUAUCGUGUCUUUAUUAGUGCUGAGCCUGCCGGUGGUCCUGAAGCUCAUGUAAUUCCUCAAGGACUGCUAGAAAAUUCUAUCAAAAUUACAAAUGAACCACCAACUGGCAUGCAUGCUAACCUCCACAAGGCAUUAGAUCUUUUUAACCAGGUACAGUUAUCUCAUUAA